AUGGCUGGUGCACGCGAAGGAAUGCGCGCACUUCGCGCUGUUAGCGGCAAGCAAUUGAGCCGACCGGCCGCGCGGUCGUGCUCUCGCCGCUUUGCUUCGUCCUCGGCGGCUUCGCAGAGCCCCUUGGCUGCCGUUGAAGAGUCGACGUCGUUUUCUACGCCAGGUCCCGACGAGAAUACCGUCAAGUCUUUCCAGGAGGCCAGGGCCAACAGCACAAGAGACAAGCAAUUACCCGGUAGUCGGUACCAAUUCCACCCUCCCAAGUACAACCGCGGACCCCUGCACCCCAUACAGUCGCCGCCGUCGUCCGACCCGACCGCCCGAGACUUUGUCCCCGGACCGUUCAACCUGCCGCGCCUCAAGCACACCUACGACAGCAUGAUUGCGCCGGACCUGAUGACGCUCACCUACACGCACAAGCCGCCCGGCUACGAGGCGCCCGAGUCGAGCAAGGGCGAGCUGCGUGAGUGGGACGGCUCCUCGCCGUACCACAAGAAUCGUCCGCGGCGCGGCCCGCGCGGUGGCCAGUCGGGCCGCCUGGGCCUUGUCGAGAAGGACAUGAGCUGGCACAACCUGCCCGAGAUUGCCGCCGUCACCGUCAACUCGUACGCGCCCGAGGCCGCCGACAACAAGGAGUACCUGGACGUCGCCCGCGCCGUGGUGCAGGCCAUCACCGGCGAGUUCCCCGAGGUCACGCGCACCAAGUCCAACGUCAUCCACUGGGGCGUCCGCAAGGGCCAGAAGACGGGCGCCAAGGUGACGCUCCGCGGAGGCGCCGCGUACGAGUUUGUCGACAAGCUCGUGACCCUGGUGCUGCCCAAGAUCAAGGACUGGCCUGGUGUCAAGGGCAGCUCGGGUGACCGCGCAGGCAACCUGGGCCUGGGCCUCAACCCCGAGUGGAUGUCCUACUUUCCCGAGCUGGAGUAUAACUUUGAUAUGUACCCACCUAGCCUGAUGCCUGGCUGCGACAUUAUUAUCCAGACGACUGGUACAUCGGAUAGACAGGGUCGUCUUCUGCUCGAGGCCCUGGGAUUUCCAUUCUACGGCAAGGUUACGUAUUGA